UGAUGUUGAUUCUGAGAUAUUGGACCAUCACAGGAGGUUACUGUAAUUUCUUGCCCCUGGUUGCUGUUUUUCUCGACUUAAGGAGUCUUGCUCAAUUGCUGUUCCAACCAUUCAAAAGGGAAUGAGGUGAAAGAAGAUGACUCCUUGUUUCUGAAGUACACCCUGGAGGGCCAUGCAAAACCAGUCUCUAUUAUCGCAUGGAGUCCUGAUGACUCAAUGUUGCUCACAUGUGGCAAUGAAGAAGUCCUAAAAUUGUGGGAUGUCGAUACAGGAAAUUGCCGUCACACAUUUAAUAGUUCCGUGAAACGCGUUAUCAAUUCUUGUGCAUGGUUUCCUGACUCCCGAAAAAUAGUAUGCGGCAGCAUUAAUCCUGAUAAUCGGAUAUAUACAUGUGAUCUUGAAGGCAAUGAACUGGAAGUCUGGGAAGGGGAAAGAAUGCCCAAAAUCUCUGAUCUUGCUGUGACACCUGAUGGGCAUCGUCUAAUAAGCAUAUGCUCCAACAGAGAAAUAUGGAUACGUGAGUUCCCUAGGGGGAAAGAGUGGGUCAUACCGGAGGAACAUUCAAUCACUUCACUUUCUCUAUCAAGGGAUGGAAAGUUCUUGAUUGUUAACUUAAAUAGCGAGGAGAUCCAUCUAUGGAAUGUCAUCGAUGUCUCAACCAUACCAGAUACGUUUAGAGGACACAAACAAAAGAUGUAUGUGAUACGGUCAUGCUUUGGUGGCUCAAAUUGCUUGUUCAUUGCCAGUGGUAGUGAGGAUUCACAGCGGCACAGUUCAGUUCCUAUACAAGUUCUGUCUGGCCAUUCAAUGACUGUGAACUGCGUGAGCUGGAAUCCAAUGCGACCUCAUAUGUUAGCUUCUGCAAGUGAUGACCGCACCAUCCGGAUAUGGAUGGCCAAUAAAAGGCCUAGAAAAAAUUGACUAGCAGUUUCAUUGUUCAGUUUGAUUCUGUAAAUAUUAUGUAAUCUUGCAAUAUAGCUCCAUAAAAUGUUAUAAUUGUUGAAUUCAUAUUGUCAAAAUGGUAAGUUAAUGAUGUGGCAAAAUUGACUAAAUGAUCAAAAUAAUAUAUAUUUUUUUUUA